UGGGAGGAUGAGAGAGAGAGAGAGAGAGAGAGAGGGAGGGAGCGAUAGGAAAACGAGAGCUCUGUCUGUCACCUGCCCAUUUGGUUUAGAGCUGCAGAACAGAUUGCUCAGCGCUGAUUUGUCGUCUGUGCAUGCGUACAAGAAACAAGAUGGCAGGAUCCCACGAAUAUCUGACCCGCUAGAACGUCCCGGUUUGGUCAAGUCCUUUCUGCCAUCACCUGCUCCGACUCUUCUAAAGGUUUGGAAGAGCAGUAGAAUGGACGAGCAGAGGUGCACUCUUCCACCUCCUCUCAAAACAGAGGAAGAUUACAUUCCGUAUCCCAGCGUCCAUGAGGUAUUGGGUCGUACAGGUCCUUUACCGCUCAUUCUGCUGCCCCAGUUUGGGGGUUACUGGAUUGAAGGGACCAAUCAUGAUUUAGGCUCCUCCUCCACACCAGAGGAACCGCCCCCUUGUCCUGCAUCGCAGGUUAAACUGGAGACAAACAGCAUAGCCAAGAUCUACAGGAAACACUUCCUGGGCAAGGAGCACUUUAAUUAUUACUCAGUGGACAGCGCUCUGGGCCACCUGGUCUUCUCGGUGAAGUAUGAUGUGAUUGGAGACCAGGAGCACCUUCGACUGUUGCUUAGGUCAAAGUAUAAAACCUACCAUGAUGUGAUACCAAUUUCUUGUCUGACCGAGUUCCCUAAUGUUGUCCAGAUGGCGAAGCUUAUCUGUGAGGAGGUGAACGUGGACCGAUUUUAUCCCGUCUUAUACCCAAAGGCAUCCAGACUUAUUGUGACCUUUGAUGAGCACGUCAUCAGCAACAACUUCAAAUUUGGAGUCAUCUACCAGAAAUUUGCACAGACAUCAGAAGAGGAACUAUUCGGAAACAAUGAGGAAAGUCCAGCUUUUGUUGAGUUUCUGGAGUUCUUGGGGGAGAAGAUUGAACUUCAUGAUUUUAAAGGCUUUCGUGGUGGCCUGGAUGUGACACAUGGUCAGACAGGAAUCGAGUCAGUCUACCACAACUUCCACAAUAAAGAGAUAAUGUUCCACGUGUCCACUAAGCUGCCAUACACUGAAGGUGAUUCCCAGCAGCUCCAGAGGAAGAGGCAUAUAGGAAAUGACAUUGUGGCUAUUGUGUUCCAAGAAGAAAAUACACCAUUUGUACCCGAUAUGAUUGCAUCAAAUUUCCUUCACGCUUACGUAGUGGUGCAAGUGGAGAAUGCCUGCACUGAUAACGUCCUCUAUAAGGUAUCUGUGACAGCAAGAGAUGAUGUGCCUUUCUUUGGACCUGCCCUCCCAGACCCAGCUGUCUUUAAAAAGAGUCCAGAGUUCCAUGAGUUCCUCUUGACCAAACUAAUCAAUGCUGAAUAUUCCUGCUAUAAAGCUGAGAAAUUUGCCAAGCUGGAGGAGAGGACACGUUCUGCUCUGCUGGAGACUUUAUAUGAGGAGCUGCAUAUUAACAGCCAGUCUAUGAUGGGACUGGGAGGAGACGAUGACAAACUGGAGAAUGGAGGAGGAGGAGGUGGCGGCUUCUUUGAGUCUUUCAAGCGUGUAAUCCGCAAUAGAAGUCAGUCUAUGGAUGCUAUGGGCCUCAGUAACAAGAAACCACACACCGUUUCCACAAGCCACAGCGGAAGCUUUACACACAACCCCCCAGACACCCCCAAAACACCCGGCAUUUCCUUGAAUAUUCCUGGAAAAAGCCCGACCCGCAAGAAAUCUGGUCCGUUCAGUUCCAGGAGGAGCAGUGCCAUUGGGAUUGAGAACAUACAGGAGGUUCAGGAGAGAAGCAGUCGAGAGGUGUCCCCUAGUCCACAGAGGACAUCUGAUGGACACACCGCUCAGGACUUCAGAUUAGACAACUCAUCCAGUCAGAGCUCGCCUGAGAUGCAAAUCACAAAGAUUGGUUCGGCCCUGUGCUGUCGAGCUCCCUCUAUCCCUGAGUCUCAGGAUCUGUCGCGCUCCUCGUCCAAUGCCAGUAGCUUCACCAGCGUUGUGGAGGAGAACGAGCAAGAACAUGAAGGGACAGAAGACUAUGACACAGGACUGGAGAGUCUCUCUUCAGCCGGUACGCCUCACAAACGAGAUUCAUUUACAUACAGCGGCGUGUGGUUGGAAGACGGCUCUGGUACUACUAGUCAGAGCAGUUCACACGCAUGUUGACUGCAUGAUGACCUGACCUCAGAUUUGAUGGUGUCUGGUGACAUAUGUCCUGCUUUCUGAUUACUACUCAAUCAGGUAUUCAUUUAUAUUCCAGAAUCAGAAUUAAAUGUGAUGAUUGUAACUGAUUCAGUAUAGCCUGUUCCCGUUUAAACAUAAUCACCAAAAGCUUAACCUUGGGUUUAUGAGAAAGUGACAGACUAUUUGAGGUCUACAGAAGUUGAUUUUGCAGCUUUAAAGACAUUUUUCAUAAAAAAAAAACCCUAAACUUUUUAUUCUACAAGAUAAACUUGUUACUUGAAUGUUUAUGUAGUUUCAUAGAAAAUGAGAUUCAUGUAAUGGCCAUAGUUUAGCAACUUAACACUUUUUGACACUUUGCCCUAGUGCUUUAAUUUGAUAUUGAAGCGUUAUUAGAUUUUAAAUAAUCAGGUUAAAUGUACAUAAUUUAACAGUAUCAUAAAUAUAGUUAGAUUAUUUUGUGUUGAGCAAUUUAAAAAAGUGAAUCAUAUUAGUAUAUUAACAAUCUUGAAUGUGACUAUGUAUGAUGACAGAAAUGCCUUUGAUAACAUAAUGCUUUCUUUUUCAGAUUUCAGAGAAACCAGCGGUCAAGAUGCAAGCCAGAUUUUGAAAACUUAAACUGUUGGACCAUUGUUAUAAUGAUAUCAGACAUCAGAAAGUGUUGUUAUUUUUUUAAAGUUGUAUUGCUUUUGUCUUUUUUGUCUUUUGUCAUUGAUUGUGGUAACUGUCAAAUAAAAUACAUUGACUCAACUGCUGAAAGGGUGUAAUUUAUUGCCAAAGUUUGAAAUGGUCACAAAUAUUCAUGUUGUUUCAACAAUAACUUGUUACAUCAGAUGGCAACACUCAACAAAAGUGAUUUAGAAUCAAAAUCACAUUAACAUUAAUCAAAAGAUAUUACCUAAUGAUCAUUUUUGUUAAUUUCAAAAUUGAUUCAACAGUGAUGUAAUGUUGAUUCACUGACAUUACCAUUUAUUAUCUUUGCUGAUUUCAGUAUUUAUUAUUAUUGAUUAUAAUUAGCUGGCACAGCAUCGUCUUUUAGUUUCUAUUUUUCUGAAAACACUGCCUUUUUUCUAAAUAAAUCCACAUGAAAUGAAGUGAACAAAGAACCUAGUUCUUACUGACACAGUCUGGAUCUUCAUUAAAAAUAAACUUCAUCCACUCUUUCCUAAUGUUUGGAUCAGAAGGAAGGCACUGCUUUUUUUGGCACUGUACAGCGUGUUCAGAGCCGUCUUUAUAAUUUGGUUUCCGUGUAGAAAUGCAUUUUUCUUUCUCGUUAUUUACUGUGGCAGACUGGCUUCAAUAUAGGCUGAUUUUAGACUAAGGAGAAGAUUAAGAGUUCUGCAAUGACCUCUAAUAUGUCAAAUGAUCAUGGGAAUUUUGAGUUCAUGACCCUGUCUAACAACAGUGAUGUAGAAUCAGUCAUAGUGUAAUUUUCUGAAUGAUGACUUCAGUGUUGAUUCAACAGGAGUGAUGUAGUAGAAUCAUUACUGAGAUUUUUAUUGCUGGAAUCUCACCAUUGUUUCUAAACUAACUGUGGAUGCGAAAGUGAUAUUAAACCAACAUUACCUCAUAACAUUUAUUCAAUGACAUUGAUUUUUUUGCAAAAGUGAUAUUGAACCAACAUUGUGUAAUGUUAUUUGAAUGCAUUUAGUGUUGAUGCGUCAACAGUAUAAUAUUAUUUCAGUGACUGCAUGCUGUCUGGAUUUCCAACAAUGGCAAGGUCAAGUUUUUGGUUCUCAGAGAUAAAGGCGUCUGCCAAAUGUAUAAUGUAAAUGAUAUGCUCCAAACAAAGAGAUAAAUAUAAUGAAUCACAAACAAAAUAACCAUCCCGUUGUGGUAUUGUCUUAAAUCUUCAUUUUGCUUUAAGCAGUUUCACUCAGAAGUGAGAUAAAAUAAACAGGAAGACUGGAGAUCUGUGUUUAGCCUGUUGCACCCAUAGUUAACUAUUAAAGGAAAUUUGUAACUCCAUUGUACUUUAGUCUGUGUAGUGUGAGCAAAUUCUGACUCAUAAAGCCAAUAAUAUUAGUAUUAUUGACAUACCGUUAUGUAUUAAUAUUCUGAAUUAGCUUUUU